AUGACUUGUGGCAUACAGCGAGGAGAAGAAAGGGAAGGGAGUAAGAUGAUAAAGGCCGUUAUUUUAUCACUUUUGUGUCUCCACGUACAUGCCCUCAUGUCGACUGUCUCUGCGGAAAACGGCUACACUACAGCUGGGCUGCCGCGGGAAAAGCCUCAGGGGCCACAGUGGGGAUACACCAACCUCACUGCCUGGCCCAAGUUGUGCCAGACGGGGAAGCGGCAGAGUCCUGUUUCUUUCUCCGAGCUCCAACCAAAUGAAGUGGUUCACCGCAAAGACAUGGGGCCGCUUGUCUUUUCACGUGGCUGCAAUUUUGCGGCGGAGAAGACAUCGCUCAAAAUUGAGAACGAGGUCAAUACGAUAUCGGUGCGUUUUAUCCCCCUUGACGAUCCGACAAAUAAGAUCCCCAGCCUUUGCACGGUCCGUGACCCCACGGACCGGGAUUCACCGGAAUAUCACUUUGUUUCGAUGCAUUUUCACUCCCCCGCGGAGCAUGUCCUUCCCUGCGCAAAUCCAGACGCGGAGCUGCAUCUUGUGUUCGCUCACACGCAGCAGUCGAGGCAGCCACACCUUAUGGUGGUUGUAGUGCAGCUUGUUGCGUCGGAUAAAAUAAAUUCCACUUCCGUUGCGGCACUGAAACAUAUUUUACUAGAUGGGUCGCUUCCGCCAAAACGUGCCGUCACGACGUGCACGCUAACGGAAAACAUGACGAUUGCAGGAUUUCUACCGCAAAGUGGAAGCUACUUUGCUUACAAUGGAUCAUUGACCACACCACCAUGCACCGAGGGGGUUUUAUUUGUUGUGCUGACAUCUCCUCAGAUUAUCUCCAAAACGGCAUUAGAGCGUUUGGUUGAGGCGUUUCAGCGGUCCCGCCCGGGGAACCACAACGGCAAUCACCGCCCAACCCAGCCUCUGAAUGGACGCGUCGUAUACCAUUUUGUUGACAUGCAGCACAUGAAUUACUCCAUGUGCAUGAGGAAUAUGGAGAACCACCACAAGAACAGUUCUCAAAUGGAGGGCAUGUCGGGCGCAAUGCACCACAUGAAUUGCUCCAUGUGCAUGAGGAAUAUGGAGAACCACCACAAGAACAGUUCUCAAAUGGAGGGCAUGUCGGGCGCAAUGCACCACAUGAAUUGCUCCAUGUGCAUGAGGAAUAUGGAGAACCACCACAAGAACAGUUCUCAAAUGGAAGGCAUGUCGGGCGCAAUGCACCACAUGAAUUGCUCCAUGUGCAUGAGGAAUAUGGAGAACCACCACAAGAACAGUUCUCAAAUGGAAGGCAUGUCGAGUGAAGAGAUGUCUAUGAUGGAAAGAUCAGCCAACGUGCCAUCCGGCGCACAACUCGCUGGGUUGGCAUCCGAGGAGAACGCGACAAAUACAUCGUCGGCGCCAGCCAAUAAAUGGCCUCAUCAAUUUAAUUCACGCGAGAGGUUGUUUCUUAUCGCCGCCGCUCUUGUUCUUCUUCUUGUGACGUUUAUCUUGUACCGGUGGAGGAAUAGUACUGCCGGGGAGAACGAAACGGAGUCGCUCUUUCGUUCGCACGAAGGAUACGGGACAACAAACCCCUAA